AUGACAGCAGACUCAGACUCAGCAAGGAGGAACCAUGUCUGCAAUGAAGAUCUAGAGGCAGGGCCAGGGCAGCAACCCCAGCGUCGCCGCCGCCCACCACUCUCAUGCACAACCUGUCGGCGCCGCAAACUAAAAUGCGACCGCUCCCUGCCAUGCGGACAAUGCAUCCGCUCAAAAGCAGCACACGAAUGCAUUUACACAGGAGCACAGCCAGAUUCAAAUCGCCAUAUGUCACCCCCUCUAUCGCGGCCAGUGCAGCGCGCGAAUGAGCGCAAAAGCGGCAUGUUCAUAUUCGACUCUAAGAUGGGCCCGGGCUCGGUUUCAUCGCGAGUCUCCAAACGUCGGCCGGAUGAAUUGACGGAAUUGAGACAGAGAUUGAAGGCAUUGGAGAAUUCACUCAAAUCUAAUUUACAGACGCCGGAUACUUCGGUUGGUGAUGGGGUUUCGGAAAUUGAUGCGGGGAGUACUUCGGAGAACAUGGGGGUUGAUGAUCGGGUGCGCUUUUUGCCGGAUGCGAGUUUUCGGGGCAAGAAGGCGAAGACGAGGUAUUUUGGUCGGAGUCAUUAUACGACCACCAUUUCUUUCUUUCAAGAUGUUGGGGCGUUUUUGCGUCGUGGCCAGCGUCGUGGAGAGGGAAAGGACAAAGAGUACUGCGAUAUGAAAAGCUUCAAAACUGAACUCUGGUCGCGCGAGACGCAGGAUCAUCAGCGCGAGUUUCGCGAACAGGCGUUCAAGCUCAAUGAGAUGAUCCCGCCGCGGCCGGUGGUGGACCAUCUACUUCGGCUGUACCUUGAUACGUUUGAGACCACCUAUCGUAUCCUCCAUACUCCAACUUUUUUGAAACAGUAUACCGACUACUGGGCCAAUCCACAAUCUCCUGAUAUGGGAUUUGUGGCCCAGUUACUCGGUGUGAUGGCUGCUGGCAGUUGCUUCUAUAUGCCACCCCCGGGCCGAGACGAGCGUGACAUCUUCCAGAAGCCUGCAAUCAGAUGGAUGAUGGCUGUCCAAUCUUAUAUCUCAUGCACAUUUGUCAGCCCGGAUAUUGACUUCCGCAUGCUUCAAACCCAAUGUCUUCUGCUAGUGGCACGUCUCGGAAUCGCCAGUGAUGGUGAUGUAGCCUGGGCAUCGGCUGGAUCACUCAUUCGAUCAGCGAUGACAAUGGGAUUGCAUCGCGAUCCAACAAGGUUCCCGAAAUCUCGUCCUUUCCACUCCGAGACCAGGCGCAGGCUUUGGGCAACGAUCGUUGAAUUGGACCUCAAAAUAUCCCUCGAUCGUGGAGUUCCGCCAUCGAUUGAUCUAGAUGAGUCUGAUUGUGACCCUCCUUCGAACUGGGAUGACUCUGAAUUAACCCUUGAGAUGGAGCAUGAUCCCGCACCUCUGAGCACUGCAUUCUAUACCCAGAAUUUCUACCAGACCCUGCUCACUAAAACACUUCCCCUUCGCUACCGGAUCGCAAAGAAAAUCAACAGUCUCAAGUUCAGUCUGUCCUAUGACGACGCACUCCGAAUGGGAGAAGAUCUCUCCCGUGCGAUGCAAAGCGCGUCCUCCAUAUUUGACGAUGAUGCCUCAAUGAUUAUUCCCGAAACAUCGCACCGCCAUCGCUUCGCUCAGUCUCUUCACCUUUUCAUCCUACGCAAGUUUUUACUCGCCCUCCACCGCCCCUUCUCCUUGAGCGUCGUCAGAUUACCGAAAUGCUCAUAUUCUCGCAAAAUCUGUCUUGAAGAGUCUCUCGGCAUUCUCUCUCAAAUGGAGCUUCCCCACUCCCCAGACAGCAUACAAUAUCCACACAUCACCCAGUUAGGCAGCGGAAUGUUCCGCGACGAAACCUUCCAUGCUGCCGUGACGGUCUGUGUGGAACUAUCACUCCAAGCAAACGAACAACAGACUUCGGCUUCAGGCAUGGACGGUGUCAACUCCAGCGUUCUUCUCAGCAUGAUACAAUCACAACAACAUGUGAUGAUACAAGCCGUUGAGCGAACAGCCGAUAAUUUCGGAAAAAGAAUCGCCUCCGGUGGAAAGGGGUCUAAGCCAUUCUUCUUCCUAAAUAUUAUCUUGGCUUCAGUCAAAUCACGCGUCAAGGGCGAGGAUCCAAUGUGCAACGUCGACGCUGCAUCUAAACGAACUGUCCGCAUCUGUCGAGGGAUCUUGAAUGGUCAUUCAUACCAGGAUGCUCAAAUCGCCGUUGAUAAUAGACCCGUGCAAACGCCACUGCCGUCAGAAUUUACUCCAACUUCUACCACCCUCAGUGAUCUUGAUCCUGCAUCUCUGAUCUCAACGGACUUCAGUGACCUUGCAGUAAGUCUUCUUAACGCUCGAUCUGGAUAUUUUACUAACAAUUGGCAGCCAAUGGAUAUCGGUGGAUGGUUCGAUGGGUUAGAUUACACGGGCUCUGAGCUGUGGGAUCCUGAAUUGUUCGGCAAUUUGCCAACAUUCUCAUGA